GAAUGGCAACGAUGCAGCCGGCAGCUCAGCUCCAGUUCCAGAACCUCAUGUCACCGAGUGGGCCAUGCCUUUCUCAGCCUAACCUCAUUCACCAAGAGAAAGUGGCCAAGCUAUGUCCUCAGAUCCAGAAUGAUUCCUAUCCGUCCAAGGAGCUAGUAGUGUUACCGUCACGGGAAGUGCCUCGUCUGCGGGCAGUGGUGGAGAGCCAGGCCUUCAAGAACAUCCUGGUGGACGAGAUGGACAUGAUGGUGUCUCGGGCAGCCACUGUCAUCCAAGCCAACUGGAAGGGCUACAGGCUACGGCAGAAACUCAUCUCCCAAAUGACAGCGGCCAAGGCCAUCCAGGAGGCCUGGCGACGCUUUAGCACGCGCCGGCUGAUGCACUCCAACAGGCUGACGGCUAAGAAAGCCAGGCAGGACGAAGAAGAGGACAUCCCUUACCACCAGCCGCAGCAGGUGCGCUUCCACGCCCCAGAGGACCAGCCACCAGUCAUGGUGACCAAAGAGACCCAGUUCCCGUCCUGUGACAACCUGGUCCCCUCACAAGCCACAGCAGGCCCCUGUGCCAGCAGAGUCCCCAGAGGUGGCCUCCAGUCACAGUCUUUGAUCGACAGUUUCACAGGUCCCAAGUAUCAACCCUGCAUGUUGACCAAGUCUUUUCAGAGCUCUUAUCUCUCGAGGCACUUGGAGGGGGACAGUGUGAAGAUCAGACAUGUGGCUUCUAAGACCAUCAAAAUGGGGACCCUAGAGCCAGCAGCAAUAGGGAGAUAUGGCCAGGCCAUUCAUGGGUCCCUGAAGACCCAGACCCAGGCCCAAACAGAAACAGAUGUCCCCAAGGCCCCACUGUAUAUGUAUCCAGUCAACAAGACCCCUACCAAGGUGUGUCCAAUGGCGGCUGCUGCCCCUAAGUCCCCAGCCACAGUGUCCACAGCACCAAAGAGUGCACCACAGACACGCCCCGCAUCCCCAGCGACAAUCAUGAAGAUACAAGCAGCAACCAGCCCGACGCCCCCGAUGACCAGGCCCCCAGUUCCUGUGAGACCCAACUCUUCUCUCUCUAACACUGCACAGCAGAUGCAGGUGCGUUCCGUGGUGGUCCCUGGGGCCAGGGUACAGUCCCCGGGGCCUGCUGUGGCCUCUACAAUCAAGGCCUUACCACGCUUUGGAACUCCUGUCACUAAGGCUCCACUGCAAACUGGCCCUGGGUUCACAGUGACAAAGACCUCACUCCAGAUGCGACCAAUGACCAGAAACCAAGCUCAGACAUUCACAGUGUCAACUUCACCCAAAACCUCCCAGCCCAGCCCCACGAUCAAGUCUUCACCCCAGACGCGCCUGGCUGCUAUGAUAACCAAGACCCCGGCUCAGUUACGCUCCGUAGCUGCUGUGCUCAGGACCCUGUGUGGCGGCACAACUGAGGUGACGGCCUCAAGUCCCAAGGGGUCAUCUCAAAGUCCAGUGGUUGCUGGCAACACUCCAUCCCAGCUCCACCUAAAUAGUGCGAAGGCUAAGGUCACCGCGAGCAGCAAGCAGGCCACCGCAGUCGGCACGGUAGUCUCUCAGUCACACUUGGCUGAGGCGAAGGGCAGGUGCGGGCCCCAGGGAAAUCUAGACACCAUAGUUCCUAAGCCUCCAGCCAAGUCUCCAUUGGAAGUAGAAAAGAUGAAGUCUUGUCCCACAAGGGCCCCCAAGAAGGAAGCGGCUUUCAAAGCUAACACAACCACUGCAACCAGGGCCCUGUCUUGGACAAAAAUGAUGGAAGAUGAGAACAAGAGCCUGACUCAGAUGGAGCAGAGGGCGGAGGUUGUAAAGGUUCACUCCAGGGUGUACAUGCCUGAAGAGAUGACCGUGAGCCUGACCGAGGCUCAGAUGGCUAUGCCCCUGACCAAGGCCUCCUCCCAAACCCAGCCAUCCCCCUGCCACGCCCGAAUCCCACCGGUCCCGCCCUUCUGUAAAGCUAUGUUCCAGUCUUGCACGCCCUCUGGGCUGGCCCCAGUCCUACCUGAAGGACGGCGCCCACCUGUAGGUCUCUCUGCCUCCCUGAACUCCUCGCCUCUGACCGCACACCUGAUGUCGCUCACAGCCCAGCUCCAACCUUCUGGGGAACAGGCCAGAUCUGUGUCUCGAGAUCAUCUGACCGCGUCAUGUCCAGCCUCGGCCUCCUCGGGAUUGACCUCAGUCCCUCCUGAGGUAUACCCAAACACAUAUUCACCCGCCUCUGCUCCCCAAUACCACAUGGCCUCUCUCUUGGCAAAAAGCUCAUCUCAGCUGCGUCCACCUGCUGAGCACACCAAGACCACGAACAUUAAAACCACCAAGGUUGCGUGCCAGGUCUGUCCAUCCUCUAAGCUCAGCAAGGCCCCGUCCCUUGCCCACCUCAUCACGUGUCUGGCUAAGGUUCCAUCCCAGGCCCAACUGACCACCGACCAAACAGCCAAGUGCCUCUGGGCUGCCCAACCUUCCACUGACCUCAGUAGCAAGACCCAGUCGCAGACAUUCCUGAGCAGUUCCAAGGCGUCUGUCCAGUUGUGGCAACAUUUGGGGACACUCAGCACUGCACCUCGUGCCAAGUCAGACGACAGGAGCAUGGCCCAGCCCCACCUCCACAGCCAUGCUUCAAGCAAGACCAUGCAGAGCCCACGCUCAGUCGCCACAGACACCCAAGGCAUGCUGGUACCUCUGAUGACUCCCAGCGGACACUCUGUGUGCAAUGCAGAAUCCUGGGGUGACAGUGGACGGGCACGGACCCCGCCUCCAUCCCCUAUGCCCAGCCAGGCAGGGUCCUGCCAGGACGACCUGGCAGCUUCCAUUGCAUCCCUAUGCGCAGACCUGGUGGCCAUGCUGGGCUCCCCUGAGGACCUGCGGGCACUCCUGGUCAAGACACUUUCUCAGGGGGAAGUAAGGACAGCGUUGAGCCAGGCCCUAUCCCGGGAGGUCCUGGGGCCAUCUGUGGUCAAGGCCCUGCCUCAAGGCAUGCUGGGAAUGGCACUGAUGAAGGCACUGUCGUGGGGUGAACUGGGUAUCUCCCUGUCCCGGGCCCUGUCCCGUGGUGAGCUGCGUCCAGAACUCAACAAGGCCACACAGGGCAAGCUGGCCGAGGUCCUGUGUAAGGCCUUGACAGAAGAUGAGAGGGCCACACUCAGCCAGGCGCUGUGCCAGGGUGAGCUAGGUGCUGUCUUCACUCAGUCCUUGGCCCAGAUGGCCCAGAGGACAGGUGCCUUCCUCCCUAAGGCCACCUCAAAAACAGUGGGGAGUCGGAUGACCACGGCGCCUGCCCCAGUGGAGGUGACUUGCAGCGGGAGUCUGUCGGUGGCGUGGGGACCUGCGCUGGGUCCUGUAGGAGCACGGUGUAGCAAGGGCCCUGUGGAUGCCGGCCUGGCUGCUGGCCAGUCAUGGAAUUCCAAAGUCCCCAACGUAUCGGUCAGAGCCACCGCACAUUCUGGGGCACCCCAAGGCGUGUGGCAUCCCAGCAGGGGCCACAAGCCAUGGGACCCCUCUGGUGCAGAGGCAGCGCUGGACCGCAAGCCUUCAGCUGAACUGCUGAUGUCAGUACAGGCCAUGGAGAAAGUUGUCAUCCAGGCCGUCGUCACCAUCCAAGCGUGCGCUCGUGGCUACCUGGUGCGCCGCACUGUGAAAGUGUGGCAUCAAUGGGCCACCAUCAUCCAAGCUACGUGGCGUGGUUACCGUGUACGACGGAAUCUGGAAAGGCUGUUCAGGGCUACCACCGUCAUCCAGGCCGCCUGGCGUGGCUUCUGCAUCCGCCGGGCCCGGGCCCGCCAGGUCCUGCUCCCUACUGGCUGGCCGGAGCGCAGGGGCAGAGCCCAGGGAAACUUGGACUGCAGAAACACCUCAGAGCACCGCUGCUUCCUAUCCUGUCAGCCGGAUGUCUGCAGCGUCUGCCAAUCCCUGGGUCCCCCAGUAGAGAGUCCGCCCAGCGUCGUGAUGCUUGUGGGAUCCCAGCCACGUACUUGCCACGUGUGUGGCCACACCCUGUCCACGCGCGUGGUGCAGGGCUUUGGCCAGGGCAUCUCGGGCCAGUCUCUCUCUCGAUGGGCCUCGGCAUCCCAGCAGAACACCCUUAGCCGGCAGCACAGAGCAUGCACCAUCAUCCAGGCGGCCUGGAAGGGCUACAGGACCCGCCGGCAGCUCAGCCAGCAGCAGUCUGCAGCCAAGAUGGUUCAGGCCAUGUGGAGGGGCCAUUACACUCGAAGCUGCCUCACCACGGAUGCACUCUUGGGGACAGGAGGCCCGUGGAGCAUCUCCAGGGACACUUCACGCCGUAACUCAAGGGCUUACUCUAUGCACUGGCCUGGCGUCUAGGUCCCUCCCCGGCUGUGGGCAAGAGACACCAUC